AUGUCAGUGUUGGAGGGAUUUUCUGCUCCCCCCUCAGUCUCUUUCUGGGCGUGGUUGGUGCAAAGUGCGAGCUGCUCAGCUCGAAACCCCUGUCACAAGGAGCUCGGAGGGGAUCCGGACGAUUGGCCGACGAUGGCGCAUGGUUUCUGA